CCCGCUACUUGAGCCGUGGGAGGGGGACGCCUCCUUCCCGGAAGUGCUGGUGCCCCCACGUGGUUCCGCCUGGCAGGAGAUCCCAGCCCUGCCCCAGCUGCACGGGACACACAGCUCGGGCGAUGGAUCCUGUCCGGGCACAGCAGCUGGCAGCAGAGCUGGAGGUGGAGAUGAUGGCUGACAUGUACAACAGGAUGACCAAUGCCUGCCACCGGAAGUGUGUCCCCCCCCACUACAAGGAGGCUGAGCUCUCCAAAGGGGAGUCUGUAUGCCUGGACCGCUGUGUCUCCAAGUACCUGGACAUCCAUGAACGCAUGGGCAAGAAGCUGACAGAGCUCUCCAUGCAAGAUGAGGAGCUGAUGAAGCGGAUGCAGCAGGGGGCUGGAUCAGUUUAAGAAUCCCUCUUCAGCUUUGGACAGCAAGCGUGAUGGGCCCUGAGUGCACUGGACUGCAGCCUAGAUUCAGCCCUGGGUCCCCUGUCAAUAAAGCAUUGAUAGUUUUGUAUGAGCA